CGGUCAGGACGCGGAGCUCCGCUGAAAAAUAAUAGAAAAAUACAGAAGCAGGGAGCGAGGGAGGAGAAACUACUAAAAAAUCGCAGCCCAAAUCGCGCUUCGUGGAAAACAAAGAGAUAAUCAUUAAAAUAAGCGCAGAGGCCCCCUGCCGAGUAAUCCGACCAAACUAAACGAAAGUAACCAACAGGAAAAGUGUUUCAAAAAUGCCAGUUAAAGAAAAACGCCAAUUAUGGGCAGCCUAAGGCGCAAGAAGGAGAGAGACAGGGCCACUCUGGCUCUUCCAUGUUGUUGUGUGUAAUGUGUGAAACGAUUUUCCUCCUCCAACAUUCUGUUUCUUCGUUUUCAUUUUUUUUUUUUGGGCAAUAUGCACGGGGUCUGUAGAUACAGCCAAGACCAGGCCGAAAUAGGGCCUCAGAGAAGUCCUCUUCAUUAAAUUGGUCGCAGAGAAAAAUAAAACAGAAAAAUUUAAGAAGAAAAGAGGCAAGAACGGGGAAACUUUUUGAGGAAAACACCAAGGAAAUAAUAACCUUGAAGGCUUCUGGCCAAGGCUCUCGACUCGCUGUUCGAGGCCCGAGGCACUUCUGGGCUCGCGUACAACAUGGCGUAUGGUUAAUAAACCGAAAAUAAUAAAAACAUGUGCAACAAAAUGUGCGUGCGUGCGCGCUUGUGUGCGUGUAGUGUGCCAGUGUGCUAGUGUGGGUGCCAAAUAAAAUAUUAAGCAAAUAAAUAUAAGCGACUCCGCGAGAACUCGCAACUCUACGCGAUUCCCGAUGACGCAUUCGAGAAGAGUAGGGCAGAAGGUUAAAUUACACAAAACGUCAAAUCCAACGCCACGUACGACAGCGCGUUAUUCGGAGUCGCCAGUCCGAAAUUCGGAAUCAGUCGCGAUAUAAAUUCGUACAGAGAACAGAAACUAAUAGAGCUCCCCCGUAAUACCCAGCUCUAUCCGAAAAUUCCCUGCAAAUAAAAAAAAAUAUAAAAAAUAUACUUAUGUAUUCGGAUAAAUAAUACGAAUUAAAAAGUGUUGGAAUUACUCUGCAGAAUCUCAAGCAAAAUAUAUUUCAAAAAUUUACUCAACCAGAAAAUGGGCUUAGCUCUCUUCUAAGAGAGAGAGCGAGCUUGGCCCGAGAGAGAGAGAGAGGAGAGCGCCCUGUUCGCGAACUCACCACGAUAAAGUACAACAAAGGAGGAAAUACUUUCACUCUCGCCACAACGUGGCGGCAUCGAGAGGCAGGAAGCGCAUAAAGUGACAGACGGACGGACGGACGGACGAGUGGACAACGGCGCUGGGAAAAACUCAAAGGGAAAACUUUUUGCAUGCCACAAGCAGUAGCAGCAACACUAGCAGCAGCACCAGCAGCAGCAGCAGCAGCGGGAGCGUCAGUAGCAGCAUCAGCAUCAGCUGAUUGGCGCAGGAAGCGCGGCAGCGGGACAACUGUGUUGCGGACAGGACGAGCGUCCGGUCCUGUCGCAAUCAAUUCAAUAGGAGCCUCCAGCAAACACUGGACACGGACUCCGCCACCACCAACAACACACACACACACAGGCAGAGAGACAGAGAGGCCCCAGCAACGGCAGUUUUAAUGUAUCCUUAGAAUUCCAAACAGCUCCAGCAGUGUAAUGCGCCUUGGGGGCAGUGGCAUUCCAUACGACGGCGACCCCCUGACAAUGAGCGCAGCUGGCAACGACUAUGCCGAACUCUGUGAUCUUGGACCCUCGCGCUGGAGUGCUCGACCCUACGGAUACCAUUCGAAUGCCGCCGGUUUGGGCCUCGGUCCCACAUUGGGAGCCACACAAUCGUCCUCGAGCGUGCCCACGGGCGGAUCGGGUGGCCUUAUCUCGCACCACCGAGCGGUGCCGAGCAGCUUCGAGGCGGAGGACAUUGGCUUGGCCUUCGGCAUGAUCAGUCCGCCGCCGGGCAGCGGACCCUACAUGGGAUCCUCAGCAGCGGCGGCAGCAGCAGCAGCAGCAGCGGCCGGUGGUUCCCGUGUUGGCAACAGCACGAGCUCGCUGCGCGGUGCUGGCGGAAGGAGCGGAUUAUACUACUCGCCGCCAGGCACCUCAUACACGAUCAUCGAGCGCCCCCACUCGCCGCACUACUACUUCAACUCGGCGGGCGUGCCCACCAAGGGCGGUUCGCUGCCAGGUCGUGGCAGUGCCUAUCUUAGCUCCUCACCCGCCAGUCACAUGGCGGCCGGAACGGCGGGCACCCUGCCCACCUCGACGGCGGCCAGUGGUCGCUCCAUGGGCGGUCAGCAGCACUCGAGCAGCAAUGGGAAUAAGAAGCGACCCAUCUCACCGGAGCAGGUGUUGCGCAUGUUCGGCGCCACGCAGUCGUCAUCAGUUCCUACGAGUAGCUAUCACUUCAGCAACGGCGGCACGCGGGAUCGGGAUCGCACUGGGAGACGGAGCCCGGCCAGCAGUCCGCCCUCCACCACCCACCAGAUCUAUCGGGAUCGGGAGCGGGAAAGGGAUCGCAGUGUCCCAAACAUCCACGAACUUACGACGCGAACCGUGUCCAUGUCGCGCGACCAGCAAAUCGAUCAUGGUUUCGGCAUCUGCGUCAAAGGAGGCAAAGACUCAGGCUUAGGCGUCUACAUCUCACGCAUCGAGGAGAAUUCGGUGGCCGAGCGCGCCGGAUUGCGACCCGGUGAUACAAUCCUAGAGGUGAACGGCACCCCCUUCACCUCAAUCAAUCACGAGGAGGCGCUGAAGAGAUGUGUGCAGAUAUUGAAAUCGUCACGUCAAAUCAGUAUGACGGUCCGCGCGCCGCCCACGCUCAACUCGGCCGCCCCGCUCCACGGCUUCGGUCCGCCCUCCCGCGACCCCAUGUACGCCUCAAUGGCUCCCCCGCUCCAUCCGCAGAAUCAGGCAGCAGCGGCAGCGGCGGCGGCGGCGGCCUCCGGAGCGGGUCUGCCCUUUCGCCAGACCUGCUCCUGGAUGGAUCGGCAUGGCAGACCCGCCUCACCGCCCAUGGAGUACGGGGGCAGGCGCAGCGAGCGAAGGGAUCGGAUACGGCGCGUGGAGCUGCUGAUCGAGCCGGGCCAGUCCCUGGGCCUGAUGAUACGCGGCGGCGUGGAGUACGGCCUGGGUAUCUUCGUCACGGGCGUGGACAAGGACAGCGUGGCUGACCGUGCGGGUCUGAUGAUCGGCGAUGAGAUUCUGGAGGUCAAUGGUCAGUCCUUCCUCGACGUCACGCACGACGAGGCGGUGGGUCAGCUGAAGUACCACAAGCGCAUGUCGCUGGUGAUCCGUGAUGUGGGCAAGGUGCCGCACUCCUGCACCUCCAUCGAGAUGGAGCCCUGGGAUGCCUACAGUCCAACGGGCACAAGAGCACGCCGAAAAGGUCAAAUUGCCACCAUGGUGGAGGAGAAGGCGCGCUCUCUGCUGCCCCGUCAUCACUUUGCAAGCCUUUCCUACUAUAUCGCUGAAUAUAGUGCGAAAGCAAUGACCAUAGAUGCCUUUGUUGCCGUCUUAUUAGAGAUGUUAGAUACGUACGAGAAGCACACGCUAGUGACGGAGAUACGGGAACUGGUGUUCCCCGAGGAUCGCACGCGAUACGACGAGCUGGUCUAUCGCAGGGAGCGCGAUCCUUACAGCGUAGACAGGCACAGGCGUAAGGGAGACCCCGCACGUGAUUUGCCGGUGACAUCCGACGAUUUGGAAAUAUUAGCCGCCACCGGACGGAGUCCCUCGUCGGAUUCGGGCCUGGGCAUGACCGUAACGGAUAUCCACAAGCGACCCGCACUCCAGUUGCCCCAUCGGCCCAUGUCGGCGGGACCCAUACUGCAUCGCUCACAUCCAGCAUCGGCUUCGGCAUCCCAUUAUCAGGCAGGCAGCAACCAGUCCUCAUCAUCAUUAUCGCCACCCCAACAACAGCAGCCACAAUAUCAGCAACAUCAGCGACAGCAUCAUGCCUCAUUGCGUCAUCUGGGCGGCGCUGGAUCGGGAUCGGUAUCUAUAACAGGGCGUCAUCAUCACCGCCAUCAGUCGGGACCAAGUCAAUUGAGGUUCAAGCAGGCCCAAGACAAUGUGCAACAGGAAUACGGCUGUGAUGAGCACAGAACUCGCCGGGGCAGCGAAACCCUUUUACCGGAAUACGAUCAAGAUGCGGAACAGGGCGGCUACUUAGAUGGACUGCGUUCACAUUUGGGUGGUUUAACACAACGUGUCAAAUCAUGGUAUUGGGGACGACCUCUAGAGUUGGCCACAAAACUCUCACGGAGUUUCGAUAUGAAGGAGGAAGGCGGCACAUUGCUGGGCGAUAAAGGUGUACGAAGGCAUCAGUCCAUGCAGCGUCUGUCAGCGGAGCAGAAUGGUGGUUCAACGACUGAACAAACACAUGAACACAAUCCAAACGUCGUACCUGAUCAUAGAGGCAACUUACACAUUACAGUUAAGAAAACCAAACCAAUUUUAGGUAUUGCUAUCGAAGGUGGUGCUAAUACAAAACACCCGCUCCCUAGGAUAAUCAAUAUCCAUGAAAAUGGUGCAGCAUUUGAAGCGGGCGGCCUUGAGGUCGGGCAACUGAUCCUGGAGGUGGAUGGAACCAAGGUGGAGGGUCUACACCAUCAGGAGGUCGCUCGACUGAUAGCCGAAUGCUUUGCUAAUCGUGAAAAGGCUGAAAUAACCUUCUUAGUUGUCGAAGCAAAAAAAUCAAAUUUGGAACCGAAGCCCACGGCGCUGAUAUUUUUAGAAGCCUAACAUUUGCUUGCCCUGCCGGCCAGUGACCCAUUGGAACGCCAGAAGCUGGAGUUCCUCUAUGAAUGGGGCAUCGAUUUAACGGAGACGCCAAAACCAAUGCCAACACCAAUACCGCUAACGAAAGCCAAGAAUCCGCCGCCACUGCCCCUGCCUCAUGAGGGCAGCCUUAACAGCCACUAUGGCGGCAGUUCGGCGCUCAGCAAUCAUCAACCUCAUCCACACAUGCAUCCACAUCCUCAGCAUCAGCAGCAGCAGCAGCAGCAGCAGCCACACACCAGCAACA